AGAGCCGCCCGGCUGACUCUCCCGGUGUCCCUGCCGCCGGGCGCCCUUCGCGAGGCGGGGCCAGCGUGACCCGCCCGCCCUCCGCCUGAAGCUGCGCGGCGCCUAUGGGGGCCUGAGAGGAAGAGGCGGCGGCAUGGAGAACCAGGGAGCCGGUGGCGGCGAGGAAGAGCUGGGGAAGAUGAAUCCCAAGCGGGGCGGCAGCGGGCGCGUCCCCGAGGAGGAGAGCAAGAACAAGCCCAAGCUGAACCUUCAGAUAAAAACCUUGGCAGAUGAUGUGCGUGAUAGAAUAACCAGUUUUAGGAAAUCAGGUGGCAAAAAGGAGAAACUUCUCAUUCAGCAUCCCAUUGACACACCAGCCUCUAUCAGUGAAUUGCCAGUGGUUCAGCCAUUGUUUGAUGAGCGUUGCAUGAAUUUAUCGGAGAAAGAAGUUAUGGACCUGUUUGAAAAGAUGAUGGAAGACAUGAACCUGAAUGAAGAACGGAAAGCUCCUUUACGAAACAAGGACUUGACUACAAAACGUGAGAUGGUUGUCCAGUACGUUUCUGCAACUGCCAAAUCUAUUAUUGGAAGUAAAGUUCAGGGAGGACUGAAAAACAGUAAACAUGAGUGCACUCUGUCAUCCCAAGAAUACGUCCAUGAAUUACGGUCAGGUAUCUCAGAGGAAAAACUUCUCAAUUGCUUAGAGUCCUUGAGAGUGUCUCUAACAAGCAAUCCAGUCAGCUGGGUUAACAAUUUUGGACAUGAAGGGCUUGGGCUUCUGCUGGAUGUUCUUGAGAAGCUCCUGGACAAGAGACAGCAAGAAACUAUUGACAAGAAGAAUCAGUAUAAACUUAUACAGUGCCUCAAAGCAUUUAUGAAUAAUAAGUAUGGACUGCAAAGAAUUCUAGGAGAUGAAAGAAGUCUUUUGCUAUUAGCCAGAGCAAUCGAUCCAAAGCAACCAAAUAUGAUGACUGAAACUGUAAAAAUACUUUCUGCCAUUUGUAUCAUUGGAGAGGAAAAUAUCCUGGAUAAAAUUUUAGGAGCCAUAACAAUUGCAGCAGAGAGGAACAAUGGAGAACGUUUCUCUAACAUUGUGGAGGGGCUUGAAAAUCAUGAAGCUUUGCAGUUACAGGCAGCCUGCAUGCAGUUCAUAAAUGCCCUUGUCACUUCUCCUGAAGAUCUUGAUUUUAGGAUACACUUGAGAAAUGAAUUCUUGCGCUGUGGGCUAAAGAAAAUAUUGCCAGAUCUAAAAGAAAAGGAGAAUGAAGAGCUUGAUAUUCAGUUGAAAGUGUUUGAUGAAAACAAAGAAGAAGACUUAAUUGAAUUGGCCCAUCGGCUCAAUGAUAUCAAAGUUGAAAUGGAUGAUGUGAAUGAGGUCUACCACCUAUUAUAUAACAUGUUGAAAGACACAGCAUCUGAAAAUUAUUUCUUAUCCAUUUUGCAACACUUUCUACUGAUCAGGAAUGAUUAUUAUGUCCGCCCACAGUAUUACAAGAUAGUAGAAGAAUGUGUUUCUCAGAUUGUGUUGCACUGUAGUGGAAUGGAUCCCGAUUUCAAGUGCAGAGGAAGGUUGGAUGUGGACUUCACUCAUCUUGUUGAUAUCUGUGUGGACAAAGCAAAAGUAGAGGAAAGUGAGCAAAAAGCGUCUGAAUUUUCCAAAAAGUUUGAUGAAGAGUUCACAGCUCGACAGGAGGCACAAGCUGAGCUUCAAAAACGAGAAGAGAGAAUUAAAGAGCUUGAAACUGAAAUCCAGCAGCUACGAAGCCAGGCUGCUGUGUCUUCAAGUGGCCCCUCUCCUAUGGGGGUACCACCUCCACCGCCUCCUCCACCUCCUCUUCCAGGUGGUGUACUCCCAGUUCCACCUCCUCCACCUCCGCCGCCUCCUUUGCCUGGAGGGUGUUCAGCGCCACCUCCUCCUCCACCACCACCACCUAUGUUUGGAGGUCCACCUCCUCCUCCUCCUCCUUUGGGUGGCAUUCCUCCUCCACCAGCAGCUGCACCAGCAUUGCCUUUUGGAAUGAAACAGAAGAAAAAGUACACCCCUGAAGUGUCUAUGAAGAGAAUUAACUGGGCAAAGGUUGAGCCAUCAGAUAUAUCAGAAAACUGUUUUUGGCUGAAAGCUAAAGAAGGAAAAUUUGAAAAUCCAGAUCUGUUUGCAAAACUGGCACUUACUUUUGCCACUCACAUGAAGGUUAAAAAGCCAGUAGAGGAUACAGAAGAAAAGAAGAUAGUUUUGCUGAAGAAGAGAGUGAAGGAGUUAAGAAUAUUGGAUGGGAAGACGGCACAGAAUUUGUCCAUUUUCCUGGGAUCUUUCCGUAUGCCUUAUGAGGAAAUAAAAAAUAUCAUAUUAGAAGUAGAUGAAGAAAAACUGAGUGAAGCAUUGAUUCAGAAUCUGGUUAAGAACCUCCCUGAACAGAAGGAGCUCAGUGCCUUAGCCGAGUUGAAGAAUGAAUAUGAUGAUCUUUGUGAGCCAGAACAAUUUGGAGUUGUGAUGAGCUCGGUGAAGAUGUUACGGCCUCGCCUCAAUGGCAUCCUUUUCAAGCUGACGUUUGAAGAGCACAUAAACAAUAUCAGGCCUGGCAUCAUGGCAGUAACGAUAGCCUGUGAGGAAGUGAAGAAGAGCGAGAGCUUUAGCAAGCUGUUGGAACUCGUGCUGCUGGUUGGAAACUACAUGAAUUCUGGCUCGAGAAAUGCCCAAUCACUGGGCUUUAACAUUAGCUUUCUUUGCAAGAUUAGAGAUACCAAAUCAUCAGAUCAAAAAUCAACGCUAUUGCAUUUUCUGGCUGAAAUUUGUGAAGAGCAUCAUCGAGACAUCUUAAAGUUCCCAGAUGAACUGGAACAUGUGGAGAGUGCAAGCAAAG